AUGGCACCUAUCCCCUCCAGCGGCUCGCUCCUGGCCACCAACGACUACUACAGGUGCCACCUGGGUUCCACUUCCAGUAACAGGUCCUGUGGAAGUGCUGAGUACCCUGGGGAAGCCAUCUCCCACACCUUCGUCUACCCAAGCCGGACCCGGGUCACUGGUGGGCGAGAUUCUUUUUCAGGAAGUCCCCUCUGUCCUUCAUGGACACAGAGUUGGAGUCCCCAGAGACCUCCGAAUCUCCCCAGGCCUCCAGCGGCAUGAUCACCUGUGACCUGGCUCGGGAAGCCACAAGGAAGCAGCAUUGUGGACAGCCCAGCAAAACCAACACCGGGCCCCGGUCCUGAAUGGCUACCACCA